GGAGGUUAGAUCGUUGAUUGAAACGGUGCGUUCUGUGUGUUCUCUAAAGAAAACACGCCUUUUUAUCAUAAAAACGAAGAAAGAAAAUGACAUUAUAAGUAAGAACAGCUCUCACAUAUACGAGGUUCUAAAAAACUCAGGCACUGAAUCUCGGAUGCCCCUUUCUUUAAAUUUUUGAUUUUUUUUUUUUUUUAUCUAUUUCUAUCUAAUCUUUCUGGGUUUGUUAGGCCGAAUUUCUCCUAAUAGAGACCAUCAAGAGAGAGAAGAUGACUACAUUAGAUUUGUCCAGAGCCGAGCUUGCUCUUAUAGUGCUCUACUUGAACAAAGCUGAGGCUAGAGACAAGAUAUGCAGAGCUAUACAGUAUGGUUCCAAAUUCUUGAGCGGAGGGCAACCUGGUACUGCUCAAACUGUUGACAAAAACACCAGCUUGGCUCGAAAAGUUUUCCGUCUUUUCAAGUUUGUCAAUGAUUUCCAUGGUCUUAUCAGCCCCGUGCCUAAAGGGACUCCUCUUCCUCUUGUCUUACUCGGGAAGUCCAAGAAUGCGCUCUUGUCUACCUUCUUGUUUCUUGAUCAAAUCGUUUGGCUUGGUAGAUCCGGCAUAUAUAAGAACAAAGAGAGAACUGAAUUGAUUGGCCGUAUAUCACUGUUCUGCUGGUUGGGAUCAUCCAUUUGUACAUCAGCAGUGGAGAUUGGUGAGCUUGGAAGGCUCUCUUCAUCUUUGAAGAAGAUGGAAAAGGAACUCAAAGAUGAUGAAAAGCAUCAUGAUGAGCUGUAUCGUGCUAAGCUUCAGAAAUCAAACGACAGAACUCUAGCUUUGAUUAAGUCUAGCAUUGACAUUGUUGUAGCCGUUGGUCUGCUUCAGUUAGCUCCAAAGACGGUUACUCCUCGUGUCACUGGCGCUCUCGGGUUUACCACCUCGCUUAUCUCUUGUUAUCAGCUGCUUCCGUCGCGCCCCAAGCUCAAGACACCUUGAAGCAGGAAGAAGCUUGUUUCUUUAGGCCUUUCAGAAUAAUCGUUUCAUAUUCAUUAGUAAACCUGCUGCGUUCAGGUGAUCUCAGGAGUCUCUGUUUGCUCCUUUGAAUGAAUUUGCUGCUCUUAUCUAUGCAGGAAUAAUAAAAAAAAAAACUCUUAUAAUAAGAUUCAAUAUGAUACUUGCUCACUAUUAUUGAUUAAAAGUUUGUGAUUGUUUCUCAUUUUGCACAAGGCUCUGUUUCUGCAAUAACAAAUGUUGUGUAAGCUCUCUACAUGGUGAAAAAUUGUAUUUACAAUCACGACCAUCUUGUAACUACAGACAAAACUAGAGACAAGCCAACCAUGAAUACACAAGUUCCAGAUCCUGAGAAUGCAACUCAGAUGAGCCAGUAUAGUGUUGAAACAUUUACAAAACAAGAUUCUCUCCCCAUUUACAAGUGACAACAACAAUCUCUCUCUAUAAUAAACAAAACUAUUUUGAUCCAAUGGGCUCUUGUGCACUUUCUUUAGGUAAUAUAAGAACAGAGUCUAUACAUAGCCCACCUUUCGUGUGGGUGCAAUCGAUUUGAGUCAUGGAGAAUUUGAUUCCUGUUAACAAAUCUCGAUUCACCACCUUGAAAUCUCCGACGUGAUAGUGACUCCAGAUUCCAGGGUUGUUGUCUAGAUGACAGAGCGAAACAGCUUGUUGGUUGUCUGAAGUUGCAAGCUGGAACCUAACAGGCUUGAUGUCCCAUCCGUGAACGUGUUCAGAGUUGCAGAUUCUGCGUCCAAGUCGCUUGGACGUUUUCCCGAGCUGGACACGGAAGAAGAGACUGUAUGUUCCAGCCGGAAACUGGAUCUCGAGCUCUCCUCCUACCUCAAACCACCAUAUCUGUUGAACAUAUGCAACCGAUUGGAAUUACCUGGAAUCAUCGGUAGGGAUAUGACUCCAGUAUCUCCGAUCAUCGAUUCCAGUGAUUCUUAGUGCUUUUGAAGAAAUCGAUACACAAAGACGACCCGUGUUCUUAUCUAUCCACAACUCCUGUGCCACCGUCGAAGAGAUUGGGCCGGGUAAGCUUGGAAUAAACAUCUUUCUUAAUCAUUUUCCUCAGAGCGAUCUCAUCAAACACUUUCCGUGCAAUAACCAGAUAAUUCGGUGGAAGCUUCGCUUCCCAUAUGAAAUCAGCAGACGAUGCGCGACGGAAAACCCUGUUGAGACGAGCGAGACGGCAAAUCUCCGGUGGAUCAAGCCGCAUCAUAAUCAACGCUACACAGUUCUCCGGUAAAUCCACCAAUCUGGGUUUCCUCGAGUAGCCUUCACCGUUCCGGUCAAACUCCGGCAAACCACCUGAGAUAUUCGCGCCCAUGAUCACAACAACAAAACGGAUAGAGAGCCUUUCCGUAUCAGACGCAAGCCUUAAAUUGCAUGGCCGCGGAGAAUAGAGAAACAAAUUGGUAUGACAGGAUUUAACCAACCGAUGGGUAGAAAGUAGAAACGUAUGGUUUCUGGAAAUAAAUUCAAAGGUCAAUUCUCCUGAGCCUAACAAUUAUAUAAUCCUGCAAGUGUAGU